AUGCGACGUAUCAGUGUGGUUCGCCCAAUGCGGCUGUAUGCGAUGGGCGAGGCCUUGUGCAGUCGUACCUUCUCCCCAUCCCAUGGCCUGGCUAGCAGACCCGGCAGAAUGCAGGAGUGUUGUCACAUUUUUGUUCGGCGCUUCUGCACAACUAAAUGCGGCCCACACACAGCCCCUACCGAACACACGGCGCCAAAAAAGCGGAAAGAGGCAUCUACACAGCUGAAAUGCCCAGAAUGUGGAAAACGUUUUCUAAGUGUAGCGAACUUGCAGCAACAUCGACGGUCCCGGCACUUGGUGACACUCACAUCUCCUGCCGAGGAGCGCCUUCAACAAUUACGGAAAACCAAUGUGGAGCUUCAGGCGAAACUGCGAGAGCUACAGAAAGUCAACGCCUUGAGGGCAGAUUGCUCCUCCUCUGUGCGACCAUCCCAUAAAAGAGAAGAUUCUCCUGGAAGAAGUGAGACAAUAGAACAUUUUCCCGCUGUGGUUCCUGAGGUUAAAGCUGUGAGCUAUUCCUUGUCCGAGCUGCAGGCGUUGCAGGACGACCACCUUCAAUUGGGCACAGGGAUUUCGGAGAUACGUUGCGUUGGUGUUGUUGAAGAUGAUAUUGAGGUAGGCUUCUUGGGUAUCGGCACUGAACAAGAAGGGAAAGACCUAGUGCCGGGACUGGAGGCACUGCAGUUCACCCUUCGAACGGAAGGGUACCGUCAGCGUCGUGUCGGACAGUUGAAGAUGUAUCUCAACCGUUUCACCGUGCGUGUUAUGGCGCCUCGGUGGAAGGCUCAGAAGGGCGACGUUGUGCUUGUUGCCGGAGUGUAUGGGCUCCAUAAGUCAUACGAUCUGGUUUCAAAGAAGUCUGUGGAGAAUGUGGUUGUGGAGGCUGGAUAUGUUGGUCUUCUUGAGAGGGGCUUCUGCAGUUCACCAACGGGAAACCAAAAGAGCUACUAA